AUGGCAAAAUUAAUCAAUAGGAGAGCGUUUGGCCCAAAUUCAGGCUCCAGCUCAUCUAAGAAUAAUACUUGGAGUAGCAUAAAGGAGUCAUUAGUUGACAAAGAGAGCAAAGUUGAUAACAAAUACUUCCUAAACAAGUUACGACUGGAACUGACUCGAAAAAGUAUGAUAAGGAGCGGGAAAGAUGGCUAUAUGAACUUCAAUGAUUCCCCCUUCUCACCUGUUCAAGCCAAGAUUUCCAACUCAACAUUAGGAGAUAAUGAGUUCAUUAACAGUCUGAACUAUCUACAGUUAAUUAGAAAUUGCAAAAAGCGCAUAAAGCAUCGCCUGGCUAAGCUAGGUCCUUCCCGAAAGCAUGUUCUUAAUCUUCAGCAGGAUUUCAAGGGCUAUAUUUAUGACAAAUUCAUUGCUCCAAUUAAAAUGAAACAUUUAAGCCUGGAAGCCAAUGCUUAUCUUGUCCUAAUGAAUGAUCGAGGGUAUUAUAAAGAACUCUGCAAGCUUAAUGUCCAUAAUAAAAAGUCAAUGCGAAAGAAUAAGCGUCUUCGAUCUAGUAUUAAGCCUGAAGAUCUUCAAGCUGUGUUCUAUAGGAACCCCAAAGCAGUCGAUAAGGAGAAAAAUCAGCUGAAAGAGUUCAAAAAGGUCCUUCAUGAUAAAGCUUAUAAAGAGAAAUUGCUAAAGGAAGGAGAAAGCAACCCAUUUUUGCCUAAUUUUAGCCAGUUUAAAACUGAAACGAAUUCUCACUCCUCGAGUAUAUCCCAUCCAGUUGGAGUAGGAUUAAUGCAUACUAAGAGCUUUAAUAGUGAAGUUCCAAGAUUUUCACAGUCUAUUAAAGUUCAGGACGAUCGAAAAGAAACAAAAUAUUCGAAUUUGCCCAUGCAAAGCAUCGUUGAAACUAAUAUUAAGAAGAAAAAGAGGAGUAAGAAGCAAGAAACACUCAAGGAGAGGCAUUUUAAGUCAGUUGAUGAGAACAAAAAGAAGCCUAUCUACCCAUCUGUCUUCUUUGUCGUCUCAAAAAGCUCCAAGUCUCCAGUCGUAAACCGAUUUAAUCUGAGAAAGAAGUCUAUAGCUAUCAAGAAAGUAGUGCUAACAGACGUUUUUAAAUCAAUGAUGGCUAAGAAGGAUAAGUUUAAAGCAAUAAAUAGCUUAAAGAUAGAUACAAAAUCUCUGAAAUCACCGCUAGGGCUCUACUCACCUAAGGUGACUCAGUAUACUGCAGAUGGUGUACCCAAGAAGCUCCUUAGUCCUUCUACCGUUAUAAAGCACAAACGUAAAAUCCGGAGCCCAGACCAAGGUCACAGAAUCAGAGGAAUAGAAGAAAGAUGCUUUACCACUAAGCAGAAUAAAAGGGCCAGAAGGGCUAAAAACAUCACUACGUUAUCCAAAAAUUCUGACAUCUUAAACUUGGAUAUAAAGGAUGUUCAGACCCAGUUUGCGGCUAAAAUUAGAAAAUCAUUAAUUGAUGCCUCUUUAUAAGUAAUUCGUUAAAUAAAAUCUGGUACCUUCAGUUCUUCAUAGAGGAUGGUAUGUUUCCAGAAUUGGUUUUUGCCUGACCAGAGGCUUGCAAGAUAAAAAGAGCCUGAAUAAACAUAUU